AUGAGUUCUCUGGCGUGCAAUUUUUUACAAAAAGUGAAUGCUCUAGCAAAGGAGAAAAAAAUAAUUAAUAUAAAGGAUCUGUCACCAGUGCCUCAAAAGAUUAUUAGGGCAUUUAAGUGCAACACAAAGUACGGGCGGAAAGUACUUCUAGAGUUGGAAGAUGGAAACGUUUUUUUACCAACGUGCUAUGAAUCAUUGUCAGAUGAAGACUUGGAAAAGAUGAAUAGGUUAAUGAUAAAAGUAACCAAAUCUUCUUCUUACAUGCUAGGAAUUCGUUUUAUUAUGAAUGAUAGCAAAGAAAUUGUUGAGGAAAGGCGCUUCAGGAUUGUGUCAAGAGAAGUAACAACGGUAAAAAGAUUCAAUAUCAAAGGAAACAAAAUUAAUUUUAAAAUCAAACCGAUUCCAAUUGAUGAAGAACCAACUACAUGGGUGAGGGACGCUAUCGAGGGGAUUGCUGAAUUUGUUUUUAAAGAAAUUGAUGGGGACGACAAAGUUGGGGUUACUUUUAGUGGUGAAGGGUUUUCGCUCGAAAGAGGAAGUGGAUGGAUAAAUUUCAAAAGUGCUUCUGAGUUCCAGACAAAAGAUUUCUGGGAUAUGAUACAGAAAAUUUUCCAGAGUAAUUCGAAAGGAUUAAAUACAGACACUUUUUCUAUGAACGUGACCACAGUAAAAGUUCCAAAAGGAAGAGGGAAUCGUCGUGGUAGUAGCUAUUACAAUAACUUUGAUGAAGAAUGUGCUAAGCGUAAAGGAAUCAUUACCAUUAAAAAUACAGACAAUUUAUGCCUCCCAAGAGCCUUAUUUGUUGCUAAAGCAUUUGCAAAUAAGACAAGCGACUUUAAUAAAAUCAUAAAAGAUAAUUUCAAAGUUCAGACAAAUGGAGCUUAUCAAUUGAUUAAGGAUGCAUGUGUUGAAGUUCCAGAAGAUGGUUGUGGUAUCCCUGAGCUACACCAAUUUCAAAAUUAUUUGAUCGAUUUUAAAAUAACAGUCUUUCAAUAUGGAACAAAGGGGCGAUCGACAGUAUUCGAAGGUGUUCCUGCCAACCCUACUACCGGAAAGAGAAUUAAUUUGAUUUUCAAUAAAAAUCAUUUUAAUGUAAUAACAUCUUUGACAUCAGCAUUUUGUUGUUCUUACUUCUGUGAAGAAUGUCUCAUUCCGUACCAGACAAAAGGAAGACAUAAAUGUGUCAAAGCAUGCCCUCAGUGCCAAGAAAUACCGGAUUGUAAACAAGUUCCCAAGGAGACUAAGUGUGAAGAUUGCAACCGAAGUUUCCGGGGACAACAAUGUUUCGAUAACCAUAAGGCAUCAACCUCCAGUAAGAAAGCAUUGUGUGAUAAAAUUCAGAAAUGCUUUAAAUGUUUAAAGACAAUUGGAGGUAAUAGAAAACACACAUGUAACGAGUUCUUUUGUGCACGAUGUAAAAAAUUUGUGCUCCAGGAUCAUUUUUGUUACAUAUUACCAGACAAAAGAACUCCAAGAACUGAAAAUUGCCUUUAUAUUUUUUAUGAUCUGGAAAGUCAGCAAGAGCAUCAGGAUAGUGCUGAAUGCAUGGAGGAGGAGGAAGAAGACGGGGUUAUAAACAAAAUUCACAAACCCAACCUGGCGGUUUUGCAACAGAGAUGUAGUUCUUGUAUUGAAGUUUUAAAAUUACAUUUUUGCAAUGUCUGUGGUUUUCGACAACAUAUUCUAAGCAGCAAUGUGAUUUCCAACUUAAUACAUUACAUAAUGAACAUGAGACAGAAAUUUAAGAAUGUCAUUGUGAUUGCGCACAACGGACAAGCCUAUGACCAUCAGUUUGUGUUAAAUUAUUUUUUAACUGAGACGAUCUGGAAACCAGAACUGAUUAUGCGAGGCUCCAAAAUAAUUUUAAUGCAAAUAGCAAAUAUUAAGUUCUUGGAUUCUCUGAAUUAUUUCCCUAUGGCCUUAUCGAAGCUACCAAAAGCAUUUGACCUGGACCCCACAUAUAAAAAAGGGUACUUCCCCCAUUUUUUCAACACACUGGAGAAUGAAAAUUACGCUGGAAAAUUACCUCCUUUAAAAUACUAUGCUCCUGAUGCUAUGAAGUCUGAAGAGAGGAAGAUUUUUUUGACAUGGUACAACGAACACAAAAAUGACAAUUUUGUUAUGAAACAAGAACUAACUGAAUAUUGUAUUAGUGAUGUUAAGAUUCUGGCUGAUACAUGUUUAAAAUUUCGGAAAUUGUUUCUCGCUCAAAGUAAUGUAGAGCCAUUUUUGGAGGCAACUACAAUAGCAUCAGCCUGCAGCUUGGUAUAUCGUCGAAAUUUUCUCAAGGAAGAUACAAUAGGGUUAAUCCCACGAAAAGGCUACAGACUCACCGAAAAUCAGUCUAAGAAAGCAAUUCAGUGGUUAAUUUGGGAAUCCAAAUUAAGGAAAAUUAGUUUAAAACAUGCUGCUAAUGGAAAAGAAGUUAAAAUUGCAGGCCUCAAAGUUGACGGAUUUUGCGAAGAAACACAGCAAAUUUUUGAAUUUCAUGGUUGUUAUUACCAUGGGCAUCCUGUAUGCCUUAAGCAUAAACGAGAUGACUCUCUAUCAGGAGACAAAUAUGACACUCUUAAUCAAAGAUAUCAAAGAACCAUAUCAAAAACAGAACAUCUUAAAUCUUUUGGAUAUGAUGUUGUAGAAAUGUGGGGCUGUGAUUUUGAAAGGUUACUAUCAUUCAUGGAUCAUAGUGCUGUUGAAUUCCUAGAGAAUCAUCAUCUUUUGACGAGCCUCCCCCUUGAUCCUAGAGAAGCUUUCUAUGGGGGAAGAACUGGAAACACCGUAAGUUUUUAUAAAUGUCAAAAAGGGGAAAAGAUUAAAUAUAUAGAUGUCUGCUCCUUAUAUCCAUGGGUGUGCAAAUAUGGAAAAUUUCCCAUUAAACACCCUAAAGUCCAUACAGAUGUAGAUAUAUGCUCCCGUUUGACAUUAAAAAAUAUUAGUGGCAUAAUAAAGUGCACAAUUUUACCACCUCAAAAUUUGUUUCACCCGGUUCUCCCAAUCAAACAAAACCAUAAACUGAUAUUUAGUUUGUGUAAAACUUGCAGUGCAAUGAAAUCUAAAGAAGAAUUUUGUUCUCAUUCAGAUAAGGAAAGAUCAAUAACCGGUACAUGGGUAAUAGAAGAAGUUGUAAAAGCCAUUGAGAAAGGAUACAAGCUUCUUGAAAUCAUCGAAAUAUGGGAGUAUGAAGUGGUACAGUAUAAUAAAAAUACCCAUUCCAAAGGUCUUUUCGAUAGAAUGAUGGACCAGUUUUUAAAAAUAAAACAAGAAGCAUCAGGAUGGCCCACAAACUGUACUACUGAGAAUGAGAAAAAAGCAUAUAUAUUGGAUUUCUUAGAAAAAGAAAAUAUAAAAAUGGAUUAUGAAGAAAUUACAAAGAAUGAAGGGAAAAGAUCUUUGGCCAAACUUAUACUGAAUUCAUUUUGGGGUAAGUUCGGACAAAGAGAAAACCAAACUAAAACAAUAAUUGUAAACAAUCCGGCUGAUCUAUAUGAUAUGGUAACGAACCCUUCAUUGCUCGUUUGCAAUAUACUCCCUAUCAAUGAGAAAAACGUUGUGGUAAACUAUCAACAUAAAACAGAAACUGCUGAAAUGCUAAACACGGUCAAUGUUUGUAUUGCCGCAUAUACAACUACACAGGCACGUCUCAAACUCUAUGAAUAUCUAGAUAAAUUGGGGCAAAGAGUAUUGUAUUAUGAUACAGACUCUAUCAUUUAUACUAGUCGCGAAGGAGAAUGUGACCCUGAGACAGGGGUUUUAAUUGGUGAUAUGACUGAUGAGUUAGAAUGCUACGGACCAGGGAGUUAUAUAUCUGAAUUCGUGAGCGGGGGACCCAAGAAUUAUGCGUAUAAGGUUUUUAGUACGAAUGAUAAUACCGAACAUACUGUUUGUAAAGUAAAAGGUAUUUCUUUGAAUCACUCAACAUCACAACAAAUUAACUUUGAUACCAUCAAAAAAGCAAUCCUGAGUACUGAUGAGAAGGAUAAAAAUAUUCAGAUUAUUUCUAAUAACAUUCGAAGAACAGCAGUUCACGAGGUCAUAACAAAAACUGAAACAAAAACCUACAACCCUAAGUUGGAAAAAAGAUUAUUUCUCUCCGAUUAUACCUCUCUUCCAUAUGGAUUUAAAAGGCAAAUAAGUCAUCCCCCAUCGUCAUCACUAUCGCCAACAAAAACAACAACAACAUCAACAACAACAACAAUAUAA